UGUCACUCUAAAUUUUAGAGUCUAAAAGUAUCAGUUUUGAAUUUUAUUAACUGGGUAUAGAAUAUAAAUGAAACAUGAAGCUUGUGAUUGCUUUUAUACUUUUGACGUUUUCCGUCUGUAAUGGACAAAUUGAAGAAGUUCCGGUGCCGCCACCAGAGGACGCGGUUGUUGACCCACAGCCAGUACCUGCUAUUGUCGAAGCUUCAAUUGAAAAAGAAAUUGUUGAUGCACUACCAGUUUCAAUUGUCGAUCCAAAAAGUGAAGUGGACUCUGAUGUCCCUCCACCCUCAGAAGAAGAAGUUUCCGUCAAAGAAGAUGUUGUUGACUCACCGCCAGUUCCUGCGAUUAUCGAGCCUCCUAGUGAAGAAGAAGAUGAUAUCCCACCACCAAUACCCUCAGAAGAAGAAGUUUCCGUCAUUGAAGAUGCACCAGAAGACUCCGAAGCAAAACUCGAAACAAUUGGAGAAACGCCGAUUGAGGAUGACGGAGGAAAGCCUACGUUGCUUGGAGGAACACCGCCUGAAGCAACUGAAGAUACUGUCCCUAAACCGUCACUUCUCGGAGGAACACUACCUAAAGAAGGAGAUAUAUCCGAACCCGCUGCUGGAGAAGAAAGCAAACCAAUUUUACCGAUUGGGCCACCUACGGAUGAUAAACCUGAGUUGUCGAUUGAGUCUCGUCCAGUGGAUCAAAAACCUCCAGUUCUAGAAAACGGAAGAGACGAAAUACUUGAAUUACCAUCAGUAGAUCCAGUUAAAAUACCUGAACCUAGACCUGAAAUAGAACCCGUUCAAAUUGAAUUGAGACCAGCUAAUCCUGGAGAUACUAGUUCUGAUAUUGGCGAAAGAAUGCGACAGCUUUAUGGAAGACUUUCAAAUGAAAACAGAGAUGACUCAGGAACCGGAAAUCUUGUUUUUCUUGCGACUGGCCCAAAAGAUGGAUUAGAAGCUGGGAUUCCUAUCGCAUUAGCUGCUGCUCCACAAGGUACUUGA